AUUAUCCGACAACGCCGCCAAAGCUUCGGAGAAAUCUCGAAAUCUCGAAAAUUUCCCAGAUUCCAAAAGAGGUACCUAACCGGGACCUUCCAAAACGAAACCGGGGGCUUUUUCCACAUUCACAAAACCAAGCCAGCCAUUGGGCCCGCCAUGAUCCGGCAUCCAUUACACUCGGCCGCCGGCCGCAUCGCUACCAGGCCAGACCUCAACCGAGUCGCAGACGGCAUCGCCGCCUCCCUGCGCCAGUUCUCCGUCUCCGCCCGCCGGAACGCCCAGGAUGGUAACGGUUAUGACGACGACGACGACGCCUCCCGAAGACCUACCGGUCGCCAGCGGUCCGCGGCCGCAGUGAACGAGCUCAUGGCGACCGUCAACAGCAGCAUCAACGCAGCAGCAGCAGGUGCAGGUCCGAGCCGGCAGAAUUCCGUGAGCGCUCCUUCGCCUGCCCGACCCCAGGGCCCCAACAUCAUUCGAAUAAGCAACCUACCCCGUGGCCUCGACGGCAUUCGCAGGACCGCCUCCUCGCCUAGCGGUCCGCCGCAACCACCCCAGUUCAACGCCAUCGGCACCGGCCCGCGGAUCAUAAGAGGCGGGUUCGUCGGCCGCGGACGCGGCGGUGGUAGCUUCCCGUCUCGUGGCGGGCCGCCGCGGCAAGGAGGGGCGAGAGGAAGAGGAGGAGGAGGAUUAGGAUUUCGUGGACGUGGACCGCAAGGACCCGUGGGCCUUACCAACGUGGAUAACCGACCGCGACGAGGGCGGGGAGGGGGAAUGCGGCGGCGACGGGGCGGCGGCGACGACGACGAGGAAGGCGGCGGGCGAAUGUCGCGCCGGAGGCAGCAGCGGGAGCGGGAGCAGGCGGAGCAGGCGGACACGACGCACGACCUGCGGGUGAAGGCGUACUUCGAGGAGAAGGACACGGGGCGGACGAUGGUGUUCAACCCGCAGCUGACGCUGGAGACGCUCGCGGGCUGGGGCCCCGCGGUGGCGACGGCGUCGACGCCCUUCGGCCAGGGCGAGACGGUGCUGCGGCAGGCGCGCAUCCUGGGAAGCGGGCAGGCGUACCACCCGCAGAACCUCGGGAACCCGCACGCCAUGAUCGAGGCGUGGCAGUCGGGCGCCGGGUGCUUCGUGCCGCCCUCGGACGACGGCCGCCUGUGGAAGAAGCAGGUCUUCAGGGCCAGGCCGUUCGAGGCCCCCGCCGAGGUCAAGACCGCCAUCCUCGAGGACGCCCUGCUCGGCAAGUACGGCGAGGGCCCCAAGUACGCCGACCCCAAGGAUACCAUCGGCACCCUGCGCAGCUACGUCCGCCGGGACGGCACCUGGAACGCGCAGGCCGAGAGGCGCAUCGAGGAUAAGGUUCGCAGGAUUCUGGGACUGGGACCGGCGGCUGGUGCGGCUUCUGACGCUAGUGCUGCUGCUGCUGCGAAAUCGGGAGCGAAGGCUUGAUUUUUUUUAAUCUCCUCGCACGCAACCUUGUAACCUACGCACGUCGUCCAUGAUGGUGGGAAUGGGGGACAUGUAUACAUCUAAUUCAAGGCCUUUAGUUUUUUUUUUCCGGCUUUGAACGUUAGAAAAAAUGUACCGUUACCACGCAACGUGCCUACAUGUAACAAUAACUGUCUAACUUA